GGCGGACGGGGGGCGGGGCCUGACCCGGAAGCGCGCGCUGGCCCCGCCCUCCCCGGCGUCCGGCUUCCCCCUGCCACCGGCGUGCGUCGCUGACGCUCUCGCCCGCUCUCCUUCCGCCGCCAUCUUGGUGCCGCGCUCUCCGCACGAAAUGCCUGGUGAAGCCACAGAGACCGUCCCUGCCACAGAGCAGGAGUUGCCACAGCCUCAGGCUGAGACAGCUGUGCUUCCUAUGUCUUCAGCCUUGAAUGUUACUGCUGCUUUAGGGCAACCUGGACCUCCCCCCCCUCCUUGCUCCCUGGCCCCCCAACAAAGCCCUCUAGUAACUGCUAAUCAGCCUGCCCCCCUCCCUUCCCCCAGUACUUCCUCAGCCCCCUUUGAAGCCCCUUUUCCCCUGCCGUCUUCGGAGACAGCUGCCCCUCUGGGGACUGCCCCCCCUACUCCAACUUUCCUGCCUCACCUGAUAGGGCCUCCCAUCUCCCCGGCUGCCUUAGCUUUGGCCUCUCCCAUGAUAGGUCCAGCUCAGAAAGGUGCCCGGGCCUCCUCAGUCCCCUUGUCCCUGGUUGCCGUGGCUCCCCGCUCAGUUCAGAAGAGUCCUGUAUCUCCACCUCACCCUCCCACCUCAGCUUCCUCAGCUGCUGUGGCUGAGCCUGGGCCAUUGCCACCUCUUGCUCCUUUAGAACCAAAGGCCUCUACCAGUCAAGUCCCCUCUCAGGUAGUCCUGGGUCUGAAAGGUGUUGCCCCGAGUCCUCCAGAUGUAAUCAGUGCUUCUCCUGCCCACCUUGAAGCCCCCCUGGCCUCUGUUCCACCUGUUCCUCAAACACUGUCCAUCACUCCAACCAUCACUUCUCCAAUCAAAGGCAUCCCCAUUUCCUCAGCUCUGACUCCACAAAGUAUGUUAAGCCUUAACCUAAAGAGACCUGUUAGUUCACCUGCUCAAAACACUGUAACUCCCAGCACCCUCCCGGCCCCCCCUACUUCUCUGGGUUUGCAUCUUCCACCUUUACAUCCCAGUUCUCUGGAUCCUCCUAUCCAGCCUUUACGUCAGUCAGGUCCUACAGCGAGUAACACCGUUUCUGUAGGUCAUUCUGCUGUUGAGGCAUCCUGUCCAUCUGAGAGAUCUGCAGUUCCUCCCCUCCCUUCCUUCCAGGCAGGACUCCUUCCUUCCAGACAGGAGCUGGUUGCUGACUCUCUGGCAGCUCUUUCAGUGGGGGCUCCGUCUGUUGAUGACGGCACCUCUGCUGUUACUGGUGUGCUCUGUGGCCCUCCUGGCUCCUCAGAUGCAGCUGCUUCAUUGUCUCCUAGAGCCUCUCUCAUUCCCAAAGAUCCUUCUAAUGCCACUCAGCAGCCUUUGCUGACGACACAGAUUCCUGCUUCUCAAAAAACUGCCUUCAAAGAAACUCCUGUCUGGUGUGUUGGAGCCGUCCAGCCUGCUCCGGAUCACCCUUCUGCCACUUCUGCUGCACCUGCCCCUUCAGCGUCUCCUCCAGUCCCGUCAGGUCCUGCGGGUAGCAGAGACCCAGCUUCCCCUGCUGUUCUAGGAGUACCAGUUCCUCCUCUGCCAGCCACUGAAGGCCUUAGAAAUCUCCCCACUUCAGUACUGGUAAAUGUAGGCGCCCCCAGCUCUGCGGCCCAGGCAGGACUCCCUACCAGAAGAGACCCCACUCUGCUACCAUUGGCCCUGACAGCACAUAAAGAGUCUCCUCCUCCCAGUGCGUCCUCUUUGGGGGUACCUUCAGAAGACACUGUAACAAAGAAGGUUGCGGAAGGCCCUGCCCCUGUAGUGAGGGCAGCCCAGAGUGCUGACUCCCCAACUGCUGUUGUCAAAACAGACCCUGUCAGUCUGUCGGUCAAGUGUUCUCUCGCUGCUCCAGCAAUGGCUCCAUCUCUUCUAGAGUCUUCUGAUCCCGAAGAGCUGGCUCUUAAGACUGCCAAAGGUACAUCUGCUUCUAAAACAUCCACUCCUACCACUUCACCUCUGGCUCCUUUAGCCUCUGAAGGUUGUCCUAUGGCUCCAUCUAUGGCUUGUCCCCCCGCAAAUGUUUCUGCUUCUGUGACCACUUUGGCAUUGGCCCCUGAAAUUCGCAAGUCUGUACACUUUCCCGCUCCUCCCCCAGCUGGGAUUUCUUUUUCCGGUGCAAAGAAAGUUGAUGUUGUUUCCUCUAUGGCAUCUUUGGCCUCCUCUCCUGAAGGGCACCCAGGAGACUCUGGUGCUUCUGUGUCUUUGAAAGGCACUCUGGUUUAUCCAACUGAUUCCCCAUCUUUAGAGACUGGUGUGUCUCCUCAGACUAAAAGGCCAUCAUCUAAGAAGGGUUCUGCUAUCCCAGAUGUUUCUCCUGCAAACCUGUCAUCUCCUCUUUCUCCACCUGAGCUUGCCUUCCUUCCUGGGGCUAGUCUUUCUUUUCAAAGCCCUAAAGACUCACUUAAGCUUUCUCCUGUUUCUCCGUCCUCCAAAGGGGCCCCUGUUCCUUCAACUGUGACUCCUCCCUUCCCUGAAGGGGCCCUAGUGGAGACUUCUACAUCCCCCCAAAAGGUCCCAGCAGAAAUUACUCCUUCCCCCCUAAAGACCACAGAAGCUACAGCUUCCAAACUGGUCUCUGUAAUCCAGCCUCCCAAAGUGGCCCCUAUUGUACCAGAUGUGAUUCCCACCUCUUCUAAAAAGACUCCAGUCCCCAAAGAUAGUUCAGCAACCCUGUUGCUCCAAAGUGUCCCAGCUGUGACAUCUUUGUCUCCCCCAAAGGCCCCUGCAGCCCCAUCUCCUACUAGAGCCCCCAUUGCUCCAACUGAGAUUUCCCCUUCCCUCAAAAAUGCCCCAACAACUGCAACCCCCAAAGAAGCUUUAGCAACCUUAUCUCCCAAAGUUGCCACUGCUGUCCCAGGUUUGACUUCUCCCUCCCAAAAGACUCCAAAAUCAAUGUCCCCUAAGGAUGCCUCAGCUAUGCCUUCCAAAAAGGCACCAGAAGGUGUAGCUUCCAAAGUGUCAGCACCCCAGCUCCCCAGAGAGGCCCCACCUGCACCAGCUGUGGCUCCUCCCUCCCCACCAAAGUCUCCAGCAACUGAAGCAUUCGGUGAGGCUCUAACAAGCCCACCCUCCAAAGGUACCCCUCCUGUCUUAGCUGAGGGUCCUACCUCCCCUAAAAGGGCUCCCAAAACUGCAGCCCCCAAAGAAACCCCACCCGAAGGGGUCACAGCUACGCCACUAGAGAGUUCACCGUCCCCAAAAAAGACCCAAAAAACUGUAGCCUCCAGUGAGAAUUCAACCUCGUCCAAAGGGUCCCCUAAGAUUGCAGCCCCCAAAGAAACUCCAACCCCUUCAGGCGGGGUCACCACUGUGGCACUGGAGAUUUCUCCCUCCAAAACUGGAGCCCCAAAAGAAGUUCCUGUGACCCCAUCUCUCAAAGGUGAACCUGCUACUCUAGCUCAGAGUCCUACCUCCCCUAAAAAGGCUCCCCAAACUACAGCACCCAAAGAAACUCCACCCGAAGGGGUCACAGCUGUGCCACUAGAGAUUUCUCCAUCCCCCAAAAAGUCCUCAAAAACUGUAGCCCCCAAGGAAAAUUCAGCAACUCCAUCCCAAAAAAAGUCCACAAAAACUGCAGCCCCCAAAGAAAUUUCAACUGCACCUUCUGAAGGGGUCAGUGCUGCUCCAUCGGAGACUGCUCCUUCCCCCAAGAAAGCCCACAAAACUGCAACCCAGAAAGAGGGGCCUGGGACCCCAUCUUCCAUAGGUGCCCCUAAUACCCUAGCUCAGAGUCCUGCCUCCCCUAAAAAGGCCCCUAAAACUGCAGCCCCCAAAGAAACCCCAGCAACCCCAUCUGAAGGCAUCACAGCCGUGCCGGUGGAGAUUCCUCCCUCCCCUAAGAAGGCCCCCAAAACUGCAGCCCCCAAAGAAACCUCAGCAACCCCAUCUGAAAGCAUCACAGCCGUGCCGGUGGAGAUUCCUCCCUCCCCUAAGAAGGCCCCCAAGACUGCAGCCCCCAAAGAAAGUUCAGCAACAUCCCCAAAAAAGACCCCUAAAACUGCAGCCCCCAAAGAAACCCCAGCAACCCCAUCUCCUGAAGGCAUCACAGCCAUGCCGGUGGAGAUUCCUCCCUCCUCUAAGAAGGCCCCCAAGACUGCAGCCCCUAAAGAAACCCCAGCAACCCCAUCUCCUGAAGGCAUCACAGCCAUGCCAGUGGAGAUUCCUCCCUCCCCUAAGAAGGCCCCCAAGACUGCAGCCCCUAAAGAAAAUUCAGCAGCAUCUUCCCCUAAAAAGGCUCCUAAAACUGCAGCCCCCAAAGAAACCCCAGCAACCUCAUCUCCUGAAGGCAUCACAGCCGUGCCGGUGGAGAUUCCUCCCUCCUCUAAGAAGGCCCCCAAGACUGCAGCCCCCAAAGAAAAUUCAGCAGCGUCAUCUCCCAAAAGGCCGCCCAAAACUGCAGCUCCCAAAGAAACCCCAGCAACCCCAUCUCUCGAAGGGGUCACAGCUGUUCCACUAGAGAUUUCUCCAUCCUCCAAAAAGUCCUCAAAAACUGCAGCCCCCAAAGGAGCUUCAACUCCAUCUUCUGAAGGGGUCACAAAUGCGACACAGGAGAGCUCUCCUUCCCCUGGUACCCUAGCUGAGAGUCCUGCCUCCCCUAAAAAGGCUCCCAAAACUGUAGUCCCCAAAGAAACCUCAGCAACACCAUCCCCCCAAAGGGCUCCCAAAACGGCAGCCCCCAAAGAAACUCCGGCCAUGCCACUAGAGACUCCUCCCUCCCCCAAAAAGACCUCAAAAACUGUGACCCCCAAAGAAACCUCAGCGACGUCAUCCCCCCAAAAGGCCUCUAAAGCAGCAGCCCCAUCUUCUAAAGGGGUCACAGUUGCCCCACUGGAGACUCCUCCUUCCCCCAGAAAGACCCCUAAGCUGUCAGGACCCAAAGAAACGCCCACAGUCCCAUCUCCCGAAGGGGUCACAGCUGGACCACUAGAGAUCCCUUCAUCUCCCAGAAAGGCCCCCAAAAUGGCAGGCCCUAAAGAAAUUCCAGCAAAACCAUCUCCCGAAGGAGUCACAGCUGUACCCCUGGAGAUUUCUUCCUCCAAAAAGACCUCAAAAACUGCUGUCCCUAAAGAAAAUGCAGCAGUAUCAUGCCCAAAAAAGUCCCCCAAAUCUGCAGCACCCAAAGAAACUUCAACCCCAUCUCUUGAAGGGGUCACUAGUACUCCAUUGGAGACUGCUCCCUUUCCCCAAAAGGCCCCUAAGAUGGCAGGACCCAAAGAAGCACCAGCAGUAUCUGGGGUCACCAUUGCACCACAGGAAAACCCUCCCACCCCACAGAAGGCCUCAGCUUCUGCAGCCUCCAGAGCCAUCCCUGCUGACAGGCAGGGGGUUUCUGGCUUCCCCAGGGAGACUCCAGUAACCACGCCUGCUCCCCCAGUCAAGAACCCUUCCCCCCAUAAAAAGGCCCCAAUGCCUGUAGCUCUUAAAGAAGCUCCAGCAGCGCCGUCUCCCGGUGCUGCCCCGGCUGUGAUUCCUCCCUCCCCAUCAAAGAGUCCCAAAACACCAUCAUCCAAAAAGGCACUCAAGAAUUCAGCCCCCAAAGAGGGUCCGGCACGUCCCUCCCUUGACGUUGCCACCACCUCCCUGCCAGAGAUGGCUCCCUCUCCGCCAAAGGCCCCGGCAGCCCUGUCUCCUGGAGGUGCUUCCACUGCCCCAGCUGUGGCUCCCCUUUCCCCCAGCCCCCCCAGUAAGACCCCAGCUCCCACAUCUCCUGAAAGGGCCCCCAUUGUCCCAGCUCCUAAAAAGGCCGCAGCAACGGAGACUUCCAAAGAGAUUUCAACAGCUCUAUCUCCCCAAGGGGCCCCUGCUAUCUCUUCUGUGGCUCCUGUCUUCCCCAGAGAGGUACCGACAUCCUCAUCUUCCCAGAGGGCUCCAGCCCCCAAGGAGACCUCAGCAACUUCAACCUCCAAAGGAGUUCUUGCCCCCACCGUUAACGCUCCUUCAGCUCCAAAAGAGGCCCCAUCCUCCAAAGGGCCCUCUACUCUCCCAGCUACGAGUCUCCCCUCUAAAGAGGUCUCCAUUCUCUCCUCCAUCACUUCUUCCUCCCCCAAAGACCCCCCUACUCCCCCAGCCUCUGUCACAGGUAGCACAGGGACUGUUGGCCCUCAGGCAUCUGAAACGCUCCCGGCAAAGAAAGACCCUCCAGAAAGUGCUCUGGUCAGCACUGCUCCCCUUCAGAAAGGCCCAAGAGCCAAGAAGAACUCUGCUUCCCCUAAGUGCUCAGAUCCCUCCGCGAAGAAAGAUACAAAGGGCCUCCUUUCUGCAGUAGUUCCAGCCCCUCUGACAGUCCCUGUGGAGAAAGACUCUCCAAAAACUUCAAAAGCUCUGCCUGUUUUCCCUGCAAAAGACAAUGAUGGUCUCCAUUCCCCAAAGAGUCCUGUGGAUGCUUCUCCUGAGUCUCAGAUCACUCCCCCUCUGGCAGCAGUUACUUCUGACAAAGCCCUCCCUGAAGCUGGGUCAGCAGCAUCUGGGGCUCCAAAGCCUACCCCACCAGCCUCCCUGACUCUUGCUCCCUCCCCAGUUCCCCCUCUGCUUCCUAAACAGCCAUUUCUUCAGUCCUCACCUGGGUCGGUGCUGGAAUCAUCCUCUAAGCUCCCAGCCCCUGCUGAUGAGGAUGAGCUGCCGCCUCUGAUUCCCCCGGAAGCAGUCUCUGGGGGAGUGCCUUUCCAGCCGGUCCUCGUCAACAUGCCCACCCCCAAACCUGCUGGGAUCCCUGCCCCAGCCCCCUCUGCCAAGCAGCCUGUUCUGAAGAACAACAAGGGGUCAGGAACAGAAUCCGACAGUGAUGAAUCAGUACCAGAGCUCGAGGAACAAGACUCCACACAGACAACCACACAACAAGCCCAGCUGGCUGCAGCAGCUGAAAUCGAUGAAGAACCUGUCAGUAAAGCAAAACAGAGUCGGAGUGAGAAGAAGGCCAGGAAGGCUAUGUCCAAACUAGGUCUUCGACAGGUUACAGGGGUUACUAGAGUCACUAUCCGGAAAUCUAAAAAUAUCCUCUUUGUCAUCACAAAACCAGAUGUCUACAAGAGCCCAGCUUCAGACACCUACAUAGUUUUUGGAGAAGCCAAGAUUGAAGAUUUGUCUCAGCAAGCACAGUUAGCAGCUGCUGAGAAGUUCAAGGUUCAAGGUGAAGCUGUUUCAAACAUUCAGGAAAAUACUCAGACUCCGACUGUACAAGAGGAGAGUGAGGAGGAAGAGGUUGAUGAGACAGGUGUGGAGGUUAAGGACAUAGAACUGGUCAUGUCACAAGCAAAUGUGUCACGAGCAAAGGCGGUCCGAGCCCUGAAAAACAACAGUAAUGAUAUUGUAAAUGCUAUUAUGGAAUUAACAAUGUAACUAUUUGACAGCAAGGACACUUCCAUUCUCCGCCUCCCCCCUCCCUUUUUUGGUGUUUCGAAAGUGGAACUACAGCUUGGUUUGAAAUUUGUACUGUUUCUAUCACUAAUAAAGCUAUGGCUUCUUGUUGGAUGAACUCA